AUGGGUGAAGGACAAAUACCCAUUGGACAAAAGGCUCUACCCGUCCCCUUUUCCCAUUACGAGCUUUGUUCCGAAAACCAAAGAGCGAAAGCAGGUGGCGCCUCACCCUCAUGGGGAGGUCCAGCUGCGUCAAACCAUUGGAACCACAAAGGGUCCCUUACCCAUGCAUCUCGAAUGAAAGAAUUUCACCCAAAAGGUAAGUGGAAGGAAGCAACAAGAAAGGGAGGGAAAGGAUUAGACGAAAUUAGGGUUCUUCAUGCCUUUAAAAAGGGGCUUUUGCUACCUAGAAAACCAAACCCAUUCAGAGGCCUGACCAAGCUUUGUCAAAGCAUCUGA